GUAAAAUCUCAAAACACCGAGGCCAUUAAGACUACCACUUGAUCGCAAACAUGUCGAUGACACUGGCAACGACGUGGGUGAGGAGGGGAGUUGCCGCACAAUUUCCCACGAAAUACCAGGUCGACGAAGCCGAACUAGACCGCAUCUCGAGAUUAGCCCGUCUCCAACUCGAGGAUGCGCAAGAAGAUUUAGAGAAUUCGCAGAAUCCUAAACGGGACGACGAAGAAUCUGAAGACGGAGACUCAGAUAAUGGCGUGUCCACGGCGGAAGCCCCCGAGGCCAACGGCACCGCUGCUGAAGGCAACGACGAUGACUUGCGAGAGUACAAUCUCGACGACUACGACGACGACGAUGCGCCCCAGCAGACCGAGAAGUUCGCCAUGUUUGGCAACGUCGGCUCGCUAGCGUACCAUGCACCCCACGAAGAAGAUCCGUACCUAGUGCUGCCCGAGGGCGAGCAGGAUUCAGAAGACGAAAGAGAAGAGCUGCAAAUACUUCCUUCAGACAAUCUCAUCCUGGCGGCAAAAGUCGAGGAUGAGGUUGCACAUCUCGAAGUGUUUGUGUACGAGGAUGAGGCGGACAAUCUUUACAUUCACCAUGAUAUUAUGCUCCCCGCAAUUCCACUAUGUGUAGAAUGGAUCAACGUGCCGGUUGGAAAAGAGGCCGAGAAGCGGAAGGAGGGCAACUUUGUGGCUGUGGGCACCAUGAGCCCAGAGAUAGAGGUCUGGGACUUGGAUCUCGUGGACAGCAUGUAUCCCAACGCCAUUCUUGGACAGGAACCCGAUGCUACAGCUGAAACAGAGACAAAUGACGAAAGUUCGACAAAGAAGAAGUCCUCGAAAAAGAAGAAAAAGAAGCUAAAAGCCAACGACGACUACCAUGUUGAUGCUGUGCUCGCCUUAGCCGCCAACCGGCAGCAUCGGAAUUUGCUUGCCUCGGCGUCGGCGGACAAGACCAUCAAACUCUGGGAUCUGACUACGGGCAAAUGUGCCAAGUCGUAUACCAUGCACAACGACAAAGUAUGCGCACUAGACUGGCAUCCGACAGAGUCAACAGUGCUUCUCAGCGGGAGCUACGAUCGUACGGUGAUUGCUACUGAUAUGCGAGCACCCGAUGCUGUUGCACCAAAAUGGGUGGUGGAAGCGGAUGUUGAGAAGGUCAGAUGGGACGUCCAUGACCCUAAUUUCUUCUUUGUCACGACCGAGAUCGGUACGGUGCACUAUUUCGAUGCUCGGGUGGUGCCAAUAUCACAUGACAAACCGAGUAAGCCGGUAUGGACGUUGCAUGCACACGACGGUGCGGUAAGCGCGUUCGACAUCAACCCGGCCGUCCCUGGUCUCCUUGCAACUGGGUCUGAAGACAAGAGAGUCAAGCUAUGGAAUAUUGAGAACAACACACCUAGUAUGGUCGUCGCAAGAAAUCUCGACGUUGGCCGCAUCUUUUCUGUACAAUUCGCACCGGAUCCGGAUGUGGCCUUCAGACUUUCUGUGGCUGGAAGCAGAGGUCAACUACAAGUCUGGGACAUCAGCACGAACCCUAGCGUACGAAAAGCCUUUGCAAACAAAGUCAAACUCCCGGAGACAGAUGGCAAAGAGAGAUUCGUGGCCGUGAAUGAUGCUAGUGAUGAAAGUGAUGACGACGAGGAGGGAGAUGGUGGCAUGGAAGCAGGAGGUCAGGAGGGCUGGGAAUCCAUGGACGAAGACUGAAAGGUCUUCGACCAAAAUCAUCCUUAAAUGAAUGACCGCCGGGAGGGCUCCGAAGCCUGCAUGCGCUCGACGUCCACCAAAGACUGAGCCUUUCGCCGUAAUGGAUGGAAGACUUUCCAGAAGCACAGCUUGACCAGUUAGUCGCACCCCCCAGGCAUGCUAAACGCAAUGGAGGUGUUUCCGGGACAGCUACAACUGCGGAGAGUGCGUGAACUUAGCCCACCGGGCAGAAUGGUCUGCCCCUGUCACUGGGACCAGUCCGGAAAAGACAGGAAAUGGAUAGCCCACAUGGGCAUUGUUGUCGUGUUGGGGAAGGGAUUGAUGUGGACCAAAGCAUAUACCACGGCGGCUCGAUAUCAAGACUCUGAGCCUUGGCCUGCUCCCUGAUACAUAGGGGUAGCAAUGUUCUUGGUGAAUAUGAUUGUUAUGAAUACCAAGGGGACAGCCGCAGAGAAC